AUGCCCCCAGACCUAAACUCACUUCCACCUCCUCGCUCAAUGUCUUCCUCUCCUUUGCAAAUUCGCACCAUGCAGUCAUCUCCAGAAGACAGUGGCACCCAAUCGCCACCUCCACGUUCAUCAUCCGUCUCCCUGCAAGCCGCUGCUGCUAUAAAUGCGGCCGAUAUUUCCCGUCGCUCUUCAACGAGGUCGCCGCAAGCAAACAGAGCUGCUGAACGGCGCCGUUCAGCUGUCGCUAUGAACCUGAAUUUCAACGACCCCACAGUGCCUGGCCCAGGGGAGCUCUCCAACGCAGACCAUAGGUCGUCACUGAGAAGCACAAGAAGCUCGUUUACACAUAGCCCAACUGGUAUCGGGAGCAGCCCUAUAAUUUCUACAGGUGACCCGCAUCAUCAUCGGACUCCUUCAUUGGGAGAGAUUCACCAGGAGCUUGAACAGGAGCAGGAAGCACAAGUGAACCGCCUCCUUCUCAUGAUACGCAACCAGCAAGCACAGCUCCAGCAAAUGCAACAAAUGCACCCAGCAGCAGCGGGCACUACGGCCGUUGAUGACUCCACUCCCGCUUCGGAACGAUCCAUCUCCUUCCCAUCCUUUCCCCCCCUUCCGCCAGCUGCCUCGGGCCUCAAUCGUCGAUCAUCACUUCAGUUCUCCGGUAAUACCCGAUCUAGACGCGGUUCAAUCAGUGCAACGUCGCCCGUGGCGCACCCAACGGGUUCUCAGUCAGAAUACGGUCUUUCUGGCCCUGACUGGAUCGCUUUGGGCGGCGAUGGGAGCGGAAGACGGUGCAGCCGCGAUGAAAGUGCCUUCUACCAAGCGGAAACGGCCAAUUUGACGAGAGAGAACCAAAUGCUACGUCUUCGAAUCAGGGAUUUAGAACGGCAGAUCUGCGAAUUAACUGCGUCACCUGCCCAUAUGCCUGUCGCGCCAUCCAACUUGAUGUCAUCCACCUCCGCAGAAUCAUCUGCACCCACCCCCAGCGCCUCUGAAAGUGAACCUCCCUUGGCAUCUGGGACGACCGACAAGGAUUCUGGAAAAGAUUGA